UCGAGCACGAAUUAAAAAAAAAAAACGCGCUUCUUGACAAUGAAGACCAACAAAAUGCUCUCCAUGGCCGCGACCUUCCUGGUUCUUGGCGGCGAAAAAUAUGCCGGCGGUUUCAUUUCCCCGCUGGGGGUGACGGGAGUGAUGGUGUCCACCCUGGUGCACAAGACGAAGAAGGAGCAAGAGGUUGACGAUGAUGGUACAAUGCCGAAGCCGGUGCCCACGUCUACGUCUGAAUCUUUGCAGGUGAACGACUGCCGCGAGUUUGAUGAAACGGUCACGCGAGGGCACUACCUCGCCUCGGCGUUUGCGUUCGGUUUCCGCGGCUCGUUUUUCGGCGGGAUCCCGAAAAAGGCGCGCGACUGCGAGCGCGCAGUUGAUAGUCAGGGGAACCAAUGCUACGUGUGGACGUACCCGGACUACUCGUUUCCCGGCCGCUUUCUGUUCUGCCGCAAAGAAGGGGAUGACGCGGGUAUGGAACCGGGUGCGAUCAAGGUCCCGGCAUGGUGCUGGAAUGUGUGGACGCCGUUUGCGCAGUGGCAUCGUGCCUGCUGGUCGGGAAAUCAAUAA